AUGCGUUUAACUGGAUAUCGUUUUUUACAAAAUUGUCAUAAAGCAACAUUAGCAGCAAGUAUAAAUAAUCAAGAAUAUGUUACAAAUAUAUAUAAUAAUAAAAUAACUGAAAGAAAAGAAUUUACUUUACGUUAUUUAAUAGUACGUGUUGAAGAAAGUGAUGAACAAACAUUUGAAACAGGUGUUCAAUUCCUUGAUGUUAUACUUGAAAAUGAUAUUGAUUUACUUCCAUAUAUUACUCGGGAUCGUGAUCAUUCACAAAUUGAUAUAAUUAAAGAUAAAUUAAUUAAU